AUGGCAGCAGCACUCGUAAUCUCUCUAGUUACUAUUGUUCUCUCAUCAAAUUUUCAUUCUUCAAAUGCACUAAGUGUUAAUUACUACCAAAAAAAAUGCCCCAGAGCCGAGUCGACCAUCGCAGAAGUCGUGAAGGAAGGCAUGACAAAUGACAAAACAGUUGCGGCCGCUAUACUUAGAAUGCACUUCCACGACUGCUUUAUUAGAGGUUGCGAUGCUUCCGUGCUACUGAAUACCAAAGGAAACAAGCAAGCAGAAAAGGAUGGACCUCCAAAUAUUUCUUUGCAUGCAUUUUACGUGAUCGACAAUGCCAAGAAGGAAGUCGAGAAAAUGUGCCCCGGUGUUGUGUCGUGUGCUGACAUUUUGGCUCUUGCUGCAAGAGACGCCGUGUCACUCUCCGGCGGUCCCACAUGGGAUGUACCAAAAGGGAGGAAAGACGGAAGGAUUUCAAAGGCUACAGACACGUCCCAAUUGCCUGCACCAACUUUCGACAUAUCUCAGUUGCAACAGAGCUUCUCUCAAAGAGGCCUUUCUAUGGAUGACUUAGUGGCACUCUCAGGCGGACACACACUCGGUUUCUCUCAUUGUUCGUCCUUCAAAAACAGAAUCCAUAACUUCAGCAACAAAACAGACGUGGACCCAUCUUUGGACGCGUCAUUUGCAGCCCGGCUAAGGCAGGUGUGUCCUGUGCGAAACACGAACAAGAAUGCUGGGGCCAACUUGGAUUCGUCUCCGUUUGUGUUCGACAACGCCUAUUAUAAAUUGAUACUCCAAGGGAAGAGCAUUUUUUCCUCUGACCAGGCCCUGCUUGCUACUUCAAGGACCAAGGCAUUGGUCACGAAAUUCGCGUCCUCUCAAAAGGAGUUUUAUGAGGCAUUUGCAAAGGCCAUGAUCAAGAUGAGUAGCAUUAGUGGGGGUGGGAGUGAGAUUAGGCUGGAUUGUAGGGCUGUUAAUUAA